CGCAGAUAACGGGAAAGAACACUUUAAGUGCCGGUCGCUUCAUAGCAGGGAGUCUUAUUUACUGUCUCUAUCCUACCCCACGGCCCUCCCCCCCUGCCUCUAUCACUCCUCACCUGUCUAGCCUGAUCAUGAAGAUGGACGGGGUGUUACUGGGCUACACUGCUUUCCUAUGGGUAACAGCUGUGAUUGAAGCACUGCACAUGAGGGUGCCAAAGAAGAAACAAGUUGCCAUGCUCUUUCAGCCUGUUGUGCUUCAGUGCCACUUUUCAACUUCUUCCACACAACCAGCAGUGGUGCAGUGGAAGUUCAAAUCCUAUUGCCAGGAUCGCAUGGGAGAAGCUCUGGGCGUGCUCUCUGCAGGGAUGCAGGCAGUAAACAAGAGGAACCUGGAAUGGGAUCCGUAUGUGGACUGCGUGGACAGCAGGAGAACAGUCCGCAUUGUGGCCUCCAAGCAGGGCCCUACAGUGACAAUUGGAGAAUUCUACAAGGGAAGAGAUGUCACCAUUGUCCAUGAUGCAGAUCUCCACAUUGGAAAACUGAUGUGGGGAGACAGUGGCUUGUACUACUGCCUCAUUAUCACGCCUGAUGAUGUGGAGGGAAAGAAUGAGGAGUCAAUGGAGCUGCUUGUUCUGGGCAGGACAGGGCUGCUUGCUGAUCUAUUGCCCAGUUUUGCUGUGGAGAUUAUGCCAGAGUGGGUGUUUGUGGGCUUGGUGAUCCUGGGGGCCUUCCUCUUCUUUCUCCUGGUUGGGAUCUGCUGGUGCCAGUGCUGUCCUCAUAGCUGCUGCUGCUAUGUCCGCUGCCCUUGCUGCCCAGAUACCUGCUGCUGUCCACGGGCAUUGUAUGAAGCAGGAAAGGCUGCAAAGGCUGGAUAUCCCCCACCGGUCACCUCAAUCCCCGGACCUUACUAUAUUCCCACUGUCCCUGUGGGUGGAGUCCAAUCUCAUGCUGUUCUGAUGGACAAGUCGCACCUUCCCCCCUUGGCACCAAAUGAAUCCAGCGCAGGAGGACAAAGUGUGCGCAAAGGCUACCGAAUCCAGGCCGACAAAGACAGAGAUUCUAUGAAGGUGUUAUAUUAUGUUGAGAAAGAAUUGGCUCAGUUUGACCCAGCCCGGAGGAUGCGAGAGAGAUACAAUAACACCAUCUCAGAGCUCAGCUCCUUACAUGAGGGAAAUGGCAGCUUCCGUCAACCUUACCGCCAAGUGCGCAGAAAGGCACUUCCUCCUUCAGGAGAUCUGGAUGGUGAUGCAGAGUACUGGGCAGGGGUCAUCAGUGGAGGUGGCACAUCCAGGCCACAGACGUGCUCUGAUUACAGGGAGGAGAGGGGCAGCUUCAGGCUCAGCCAGCAGAGAUCAAAGUCGGAAAUGCUCUCAAGGAAAAGUUUCUCAAUGGGAGUGCCAGCCGUCUCCAUGGACGAACUGGCAGCCUUUGCCGAGUCCUACAGUCAGCAUGUCCGUCGGACCGAGGGCAGUCAGGAACCCCGGCACUUUGAGAGAUCAGGAUCAAGAGGAGCUCGUGGAGGGCCAGUACAGCACCCAGACAACUCAGAUGAGUAUUACGGCAAACGCAGGGGAGGAAAUCGUGAGCCCCUGACAGAUUCUGAUCGGGGCUGGACGUAUAGCCCACCCAGGAGACGUACCCAUGAGGAGAAACACUUGCCUAGGCUAGUGUGUCGGACACCUGGAGGGAGUCAGAAGUAUGACCACUCCUACCUCACCAGCGCCCUUGAGAGGAAAUCGCGAAGCUAUGAUGAAGGUGGCGAGCACAGCGAGACACCUUCUAAGCUUAGCUCACAAUCCAGCCAAAGGGGAGGAACAUACUAUGCUUGGUCUCCACCAUCCACCUACAAACCAGGGCAGCAGCAGCAGCAGCAGCAGCAGCAGCAACAGCAACAGCAACCUCCACAGCAGGAGGAAGGAGAAGACACUCUGCCGCCGUACAGUGAGAGGGAGUUGAGCCGGGGCCCUUCAUACCGAAGCAGAGAACAAUCUAACCUCAAUGCCUCUGAUAAGAAGAGGAAAAAAGAACCCAAGAAAACAAAUGAGUUCCCAACAAGGAUGUCCCUUGUGGUGUGAUGUUAUAGUGGAAGACUUGUGUUAAUGGACUGGGAAAGCGGAAGCAAUCAUAGUGCGGAGCCAUGCUGGCUUCAAGGAAUGUGUGCUGCCACCAGAUAUAUUCAGACUCUUGUCUGCAUCAUCAUCGGAAUUGAGGUCUUAUAUGGUGGCAAAUUUCAACCAAUUGCUCUCAUCCAGUCAACCCCUUAGGACAGCUCACUCCA